CCAAAGCGAAGGAGAAAAACGAAGAGAAAGAGCAAGGAAUGUUCUGUGUUGUUCAAUGACUGGAGCUUGUGGUCGGCGCAACAGGUCACCCUAUAACUUAAAAUAUAAACCCUCUCGGUCUCUGAUCAUAUCCAAACGUGCAAAGUUGCAUUUUUACUGUUACUUCCGUACAAAGUUGCCGUCAAAAACCCUCUCUCUCUUUCUUUUUCCUAUAUAUACCUUCCAAGCCUAGCCUCCCUUUCUUCUUUCGAAAACUCAGCAAAUUCAGAGCUGCCACAACUUGAAAAGACAGGGUCUUGGACCCAACCGGAGCUUACCCACAACCAGAACUUGAAGUCCAAGCCAAAGACCAAAGAUACCCAGAAGAAAGAAAGAGAAGACAAAGGUUGAUUUUGUUAUCUUGCAAGUUCAGAAGUUUGAUUCCUAUUAGAAGAUUGCAAAGCUGCCAACAGUUGUUUCUGGGAAAAGCACUGAGGCUGAUCCUAUUAUAGUUGAUAAUUGUACCAUCAGAUUUCUUGUCGCAUGGAAUAGCUGAUGCCAAUCUCAUAGCAUGGACUCGCACCAACAUUUUGGAUUUGGUGUGACUGGUGCAGGAUUUUCAUAUACAGCUCCACAUUCCACUGUUCCAUCUUUACCUACAAGGUUACUGGGGUCACUGAAAUUUGAUAUAGGGAAUUCACCAAAUUCACCCUUUUCUACUCACUUUGAUUCUGAUACCCUUACUACACUGAGUGACGGUCAGGAGCAGCACAGCUCCACAGAGAAUCUCUCAGGAGCUAGCCCUUCCUGUAACUCUUCAUUUGAAACAAACAGUUACAUUCAUCAAUUAAGCUUCAGUCCUUCUGUGGACUGUCGUCGAGACAGUCUGCAGCUCUAUUCUGGCAGGUCUUCUUUAUUACAGGAUGCAAAUUCUAGCCAGAAUAUAAAGCACGCUUUGCAGGAACUGGAGAGUACUUUAAUGGGGCCUGACAAUGAAGAAGAAGAAGUCACCACACUGAACACUUCUUUUGGAGAAAGUAGCAAGCAGCAGACACAGAGGUCCACUUCAUGGAUCCAGGAGAUCCAGGAGCACCAGGGUUCACCUGUAGUUCAACGUCAGACAUCUUUUGUCUCUAGGCAAAGGCAGUUGCGUGAAUUUCAGAUUGAGAAACGUUACAAAGUAAUAGAUGAAGGGUCUCUAAAGGGUUUACCAGCAGGUAAUCUGAAGGAAUUGCUGAUUGCAUGUGCUGGAGCUCUCUCUGAGAACAACAUUGAUAGUUUUGAUAAGUUGAUUGAAAAGGCUAGAGGGGCUGUGUCUGUCAGUGGAGAACCAAUCCAGCGACUUGGAGCUUACUUGGUAGAAGGGCUGGUAGCAAGGAAGGAGGCGUCGGGUGCCAAUAUUUACCGUGCCCGGAGGUGUAGAGAGCCUGAAAGCGAUGACUUGCUCUCAUACAUGCAGAUUCUGUAUGAGAUCUGCCCCUAUUUAAAGUUUGGUUACAUGGCAGCCAAUGGGGCCAUUGCUGAAGCCUGCAGAAAUGAGGACCGCAUCCACAUUAUAGACUUCCAGAUUGCUCAGGGAACCCAGUGGGUGACUCUCCUUCAAGCACUUGCAGCAAGACCCGGUGGGGCACCCCAUGUACGGAUUACAGGUAUUGAUGAUCCUCUUUCUCAAUAUGCCCGUGGUGAUGGAUUGGAGGCAGUUGGGAGACGGCUGAAAGCUAUCUCUGAGAAAUUUAACAUCCCAGUUGAAUUUCAUGGAGUGCCAGUUUUUGCACCUGAUGUCACACAGGACAUGCUUGAUGUCAGGCAUGGAGAGGCUCUUGCUGUGAACUUUCCCCUGCAGCUUCAUCACACACCAGAUGAGAGUGUUGACGAGAACAAUCCGAGGGAUGGGCUGCUGAGAAUGGUAAAGUCACUAUCUCCAAAAGUGACCACUUUGGUGGAGCAAGAGUCAAACACAAACACAACCCCUUUCUUCAAUAGGUUUGUGGAAGCUCUAGAAUACUACUUGGCAAUGUUUGAGUCUAUUGACGUGACCCUGCCGAGGAACAACAAGGAGAGGAUCAACGUGGAGCAGCAUUGUCUGGCAAGAGAUAUGGUGAACGUCAUUGCUUGCGAGGGAAAGGAAAGGGUGGAACGCCAUGAGCUCUUUGGCAAGUGGAAGUCCAGGUUGACAAUGGCAGGGUUUCAGCAAUACCCAUUGAGCUCAUAUGUCAACUCUGUCAUAAGGAGUCUGCUGAGGUGUUAUUCGGAGCAUUACACGCUGGUGGACAGGGACGGGGCUAUGCUGUUGGGAUGGAAGGACAGGAACUUGAUAUCAGCUUCUGCCUGGCAUUGAGUAUAUAAAAUAAAGAUACGGAGGUAGCAGUAGAAAUAACCACUUCGGUUCUUUUUUUCCCUUUCCUUGAUAGAUUCAUGGUGGGAACACACAUCCCUUUGCUUUAGUUCAGUGAUGAGCGCUAUGGUAUCAGCCAUUUUAUAUUUUCAAUGACGUUGUUUUGGUUAUUGUUAAUACUUAGAAAGGCUGACAUUUAUAAGCCGAUAGAGAAAAGGAUCACAUACCACCAAGCUUGUUACGGCUGUUCUUUAUACAUAUUCUGUUUAUCUGUUCUUUUGUUUCUUUGUCAGAGUUGUAUAUAUGUGUACUUGUGAUCCAGGGCUUUUUGUUUCUGUUCUUCUUGUCACAACGAAUUUUUAUUUUAUUUUU